UUUUUGUUUGUCAUCAUUUUCGUCCAGAAACUCACCGCAUAGUCACGAACGAGUGCAGUUUGUUUUCGCAGCUUAUUUCAGUGAAAAGUACAUCAACAAUGGCUCUAGCAGAACUUUGUGGAUUCCCUCAGGGCGGUCUGUUCAACGACGCUUCCAUGGGCAGCGACAUGUUCCACCGGGACAUCGCACUGAACACGCAGAACAUACAGAACAACAUGUCGCUUGCAGUGCCUCCGUUUCAGGAUCCGGCACUGAAUCUGGCAAAGCUGCAAGCCGCUGGUGAAUCGAGCGGCAUCAAGAUGGAUUUCGAUCAUGGUACCACCACACUCGGUUUCCGGUUCCAGGGAGGAGUCAUUCUCGCUGUCGACUCUCGUGCCACCGGUGGUCAGUUCAUUGGUUCGCAGACGAUGAAGAAGAUUGUGGAGAUUAAUGACUAUCUGCUGGGUACGCUGGCCGGAGGUGCGGCCGACUGUGUUUACUGGGACCGUGUGCUGGCCAAGGAGUGUCGCAUCUAUGAACUGCGCAACAAGGAACGAAUUUCGGUAGCGGCCGCCAGCAAAAUCAUGUCCAACAUUGUUUAUUACUACAAGGGUAUGGGUCUCAGCAUGGGCAUGAUGUUGGCCGGAUACGACAAACGGGGACCUCAACUGUAUUAUAUCGACUCGGAAGGUACUCGAACUCCCGGCAAGGUGUUCUCCGUUGGCAGUGGUUCGAUCUAUGCGUACGGCGUGCUCGAUUCCGGCUAUCACUGGGAUUUGACCGACGAGGAAGCACAGGACCUCGGCAGACGUGCGAUCUACCACGCCACUCACCGUGAUGCCUAUUCUGGUGGUAUUGUGCGUGUGUACCACAUCAAGCCGUCGGGCUGGGUUAACAUCUCCAACCAGGACUGCAUGGAUCUGCACUUCCAGUUCAAGGAAGAAAAGAAUAAGAAGUUUGGUGAAACAGCAUAGGUGGUUAGUGUUUAAUGAAGGGAAGGAAGGAAGAAUAAGUUUCCAAAUUUGGUGAAUAAAAUUGAUUCAAACACAUCGCUCUUGUAA